CACUUGCCCCCCACCUCCUACCCAAAACACUUGGUGUUUCUUUCUUAAACUUGAUCUCUCAGCUUUGUCACAACUAGAGAGAUAGUGGCAGGUGCAACAAUGGCAGCCUCCCUACAAGCAGCUGCAACACUCAUGCAACCCACCAAGUUGGGGAUGCCAUCAAGAAGCAGCUUCCUACACAGGUCAUCUCAGAGCUUGUCUAAGGCUUUUGGUGUGGAAUCUUCUGGUGGUAGGUUUACUUGCUCUCUCCAAACUGACUUCAAGGACUUGGCUCAAAAGUGUGUUGAUGGUACCAAGAUUGCUGGAUUUGCUAUAGCCGCCUCUGCUCUUGUUGCCGCCCCGGGAGCAAAUGCUGAAGGAGUACCAAAGAGGCUAACUUAUGAUGAAAUCCAAAGCAAGACAUAUAUGGAAGUAAAGGGAACUGGAACUGCCAACCAGUGCCCAACAAUCGAAGGCGGACGCGACUCAUUCGCUUUCAAGGCAGGCAAAUAUGAGGCCAAGAAGUUCUGCCUAGAACCCACAUCAUUCACUGUAAAGGCCGAGGGAGUGAACAAGAAUGCUCCUCCAGACUUCCAAAAGACCAAGCUCAUGACCCGUUUAACCUACACCCUUGAUGAAAUUGAGGGACCUUUCGAGGUUUCUUCUGAUGGAACCGUCAAGUUUGAGGAGAAAGAUGGCAUUGACUAUGCUGCUGUGACUGUGCAGCUACCAGGUGGUGAACGUGUGCCGUUCCUUUUCACCGUCAAGCAGUUGGUGGCAUCUGGCAAGCCAGAUAGCUUUGGAGGAGAGUUUCUCGUGCCAUCCUACCGUGGUUCAUCUUUCUUGGACCCAAAGGGACGUGGUGGUUCAACCGGUUAUGACAAUGCAGUUGCAUUGCCUGCUGGAGGCAGAGGAGAUGAGGAGGAGCUAACCAAGGAAAACAUCAAGAAUACUUCUUCCUCAACAGGGAAAAUCACCCUUAGUGUGACUAAGAGCAAGCCUGAGACUGGAGAGGUUAUUGGAGUGUUUGAGAGCCUGCAGCCAUCAGACACUGAUUUAGGGGCCAAGGUUCCAAAGGAUGUCAAGAUCCAGGGUGUCUGGUAUGCCCAGCUUGACAAGCAGUAGAGGGUUUUACCUAAAUGAAUGUAUUUUUCCUUUUCUUUGUUCAAAUUUUGUUAUUUCUUGCCGAAACUUAAUUUCCUGCAACUCAUUAGAGAAGCACCAAGGUUGUUAUCUUUUUUGUAUAUUAUUAUGGCUUCUUACAAUAAUGUUUUCGAGUCCUCGAAGUUCCA